UCAUCAAGCAUCACUCCCCAGGUAAGCCAUGCUUGUAUAUGGUCCGAACCGAAAAAGGAUCCUUCCUGAUCAUCGAAUCUCGUCUGUGAUCUGUGAACGAUCUCGACUUCCUUUCACUCCAGGUUCAACUCGACUCUUUUAUAAUAGCUCGUCCUCACAAAUCACUUCUCACUACGAGCAUCAACUUCAACCUCUCCCGCAUCAAGUAGCUCAUCAGUAAACUCAAAGAUGCCUUCCCCAGCUCUCUCCGGAUUCUUCUUCUGCUUCGCGGCAAUGGUCCUCUUGAUCUUCGUCUCGGUCUCAACCCCCGUAUGGCGUAACAUCUACUUCCUCAAAGCUACCGUCACGGAAGAGAUCCGAUAUGGAAUCUGGGGCUACUGUGUGCAAGGAGGAGAAUGCUCGAGUGCCAUGCUCGGGUAUGCGCCUAGUAUCGAGCAGGUCGGCGGAAACUACACCGAGGGUUCUUCGGUCCUCCAGAACUUCACCAAGGUCAUGAUCCUGCACCCCAUCGCCGGCGCCCUCGCCCUCUUUGCCGUCCUCUGGGGUCUCGCCGGAGUCGCCCUCGCCUCGAGGACCUGCACCAUCCUCAUGUCCCUCACCGCCUUCCUCGCUCUCCUCGCUUCUUUGGUAGCUUUCGCCAUCGACCUUGCUCUCUGGAUCAUCAUCAGGAACAGGAUCAGGGACCGUGGUUUCGAGGCCGAGCUUGGUAACGCCAACUGGCUCACCGUCGGUGCCGUCGCCGCCCUCAUCCUUGGAACCUGCACCGCCGCCUGUGGAUCGUGCGGACGAUUCGCUACCGGCCGAAUGGGUGGUGAGAAGUACUAGACGCCACGAUUCUCUCCUUCCGGCGGGAUGGGACUUUGUGGCGAGGAAGUUUUGCGCAUGAGGGGUCGAUGUCAGAUCAGCUAGACGGGAGGUCAUUUGCCUUUUUCUCCAUUUCCUCCUCGGUACGAGGAUUGGGAGGGAGUCUUUGUCGGAAUCACAGUCUCACAAGGACAGUAUAAUUCAUUAUCUUAUAUCAUAAUAUCGAUACACGGGAUUUUAUACUUCUGAUUGCAAUUGCUAUAUGCAAGCGGUUUUGUUUCCCACUGCACGGAGGCAGGUUUGCGGCUCUGUCGACUUGAUAGAAUUGAUAUAGCACAUCGGUCGCGUGAGUCGAUCGAUGAUGAGUCGACAAGGUGGAGGCAAAGUUAUCGCCUCGGUUACCUU